AUGCGUGCUUUUCGCAAGUCUAGCCACCUCUCGCGCCAGCUUCUUGCUGCCAAAAGUGCCCGCUGUAACUCUACUGUUGCGCCAGCUACCAAGUCCCUUACCUCUGUACUGAUAGCAAACCGUGGAGAAAUUGCACUACGAGUCGGACGAACAGCUUCAGAAUACGGUAUCCGAACCACAACCCUCUUCACGGACCCAGACGCUAGAUCACAGCAUGCUUUGAGUUCGCCGUACGCUCUGAGCGAGAAUCCUACAUUUGCACGAAAAUGUAAAGAUGCCGGUCUGACCUUUAUUGGGCCACCAUGGCAAGCAAUUGAAUCUAUGGGCAGCAAGAGUGAGUCGAAAGACAUCAUGACCAAAGCCGGCGUCCCAUGCAUCCCGGGUUACCACGGCUCCAACCAAGACCCAGAAUACCUCAAAGAACAGGCGGCAAGUAUUGGCUACCCUGUUCUUUUGAAAGCCGUCAAAGGCGGAGGCGGCAAGGGCAUGCGCAUCGUCAAUACGGAAGCCGAGUUCUUCGACCAACUCGCAUCCGCAAAAUCAGAAGCGCGUAACUCCUUCGGCGAUGAAGUUAUGUUGGUGGAGAAAUACAUCACCACUCCCCGCCAUAUCGAGGUCCAAGUCUUCGCUGACAAGCACGGAAACUGUGUUGCAUUGGGCGAAAGAGACUGCAGUAUUCAACGCCGUCAUCAGAAGAUCUUGGAAGAGUCCCCGGCACCCCAUUUAGACGAGGCCAUCAGACAGGAUAUCUGGGAAAAGGCGAGACAAGCCGCAUUGGCCGUCGGCUAUGAAGGAGCAGGAACCGUCGAAUUCAUCUUCGACAACGACACAGGCGAAUUCUUCUUCAUGGAGAUGAACACCAGGCUGCAAGUCGAGCAUCCCGUCACUGAGAUGGUCACUGGUGAGGAUCUUGUACGGUGGCAACUCAUUGUCGCCGAGGGAGGAAAGUUGCCCUUGACCCAACAAGAGAUUGAGCAGAGGAUCAAUGAGAGAGGCCAUGCCAUCGAAGCACGCAUAUAUGCUGAGAACCCAGACAUGAACUUCAUCCCUGACUCCGGCCUCCUAUUACACCUGAAGAUACCCACACCAACACGCACUGUCCGCAUAGACUCAGGUUUCAUCGCCGGUGACGAAGUAUCCUCGCACUACGACCCUAUGAUCUCCAAACUCAUCGUCCAAGGCCCCACCCGCGAAGCCGCCAUUCUCAAGCUACGGGCCGCCCUAGAAGACUACGAAGUAGCCGGUCCUAUCACAAACAUUGAAUUCAUAAAACGCAUGUGCGUCUCCCCUGACUUCGUAGCCGGCGACGUAGAAACCGGUUACAUCCAAAAACACCACGCCGAGCUCUUCACGCCUAUACCGCCAACCCCAGAAGUCUACGCACAAGCAGCCCUGGGUCUCGCACUACAAGAAAUCUCCGCCUCCAAAGCAGACGCAUGGAGCCAAGGAGGAGGACCACCCGUUACAGCUGUAGGCUACGGCUUCAGUACUUCCUACCAAGCCCGCGACAUCCACCUUAUCGAGACACCCGCGUCAGGCAAAGGCGAAUCCACAACAACAAAAAUCUCCGUUCGCCAAACCAGCCCCGAGCACUUCGACAUCACCAUAGCCGAUACCACGUACACCAACGUCACAUCUACCUUCUCCCCUUCAUCAAACACCCUAACAUCCUUUUACCCCCACACCCGCCUCUCCACAACCCUAAUCCGCCACGAAGAUGCCCUCACACUCUUCCACCUCGGCCGCCAGUACCGCUUCAAGCUCGCCAUGCCCGCGUGGACGAAGAAGGCCCUCGGCGUCAGGGACGUCGCUAAUAGCGUGCUAGCGCCCAUGCCAUGCAAAGUGCUAAGAGUGGAAGUAGAAGAAGGGCAAGAGGUUAAGAAGGAUCAGCCGCUGGUGGUGAUUGAGAGUAUGAAGAUGGAGACCGUGAUUCGGAGUCCGAGUCACGGCGUUGUGAAAAGGAUUGUACAUGGUAAGGGGGAUUUGUGUAAGGCGGGGACGGCGCUGGUGGAGUUUGAAGAUCCUGGAGAGGAGGGAGAGGGGAAGUAG